GCGGCGGCGGCGGCGGCGGCGGCAGAGGUGGUCGUGGCGGUGGUCGCGGCGGCCCUCGCGGUGGACCACCUCCUCGCGGCGGCCCAGCUGGGGGAAGAACAGUUCAUGCUCCCACUGGUCCCGCCGCUCUGCCUGGAAGCCAUGUUCAGGCCGUGGGGGUAAAACGACCUGGAUAUGGAACGGCAGGCAGAGCAGUGACCGUAUUCUCCAACUUCUUCAAGAUAAGUCUCCCAGAAAGCGUUAUCCAUCACUACGACGGUUGGUGAUCUCGCCUGAUGAGAAGGUACUUCCAGCACGCUUAAACAUGGACUUGAUCCAUCACCUUCAAACUAUCGAUGCCGUCGAUGUCUUUACACCCCGGGCCGUCUACGAUGGGCGAAAGAACCUCUUCGCCCCCAGGGAACUGCCUUUCGGUCCACAGAACAGCCAAGAGUUUGAUGUAUGCCUCUCCGAUGACCCCAAUCGCGGAAGCCCAGGAGAGAACACGGGGGGCCGCGGUCCCAAGGUGUACAAGAUCAGACUGACGAAAGUCGCACAAAUCAACCCUGAAGUCCUACAACGCUUUAUUCUUGGACAGCAGUCACAUGACAACAGUGUUUUGACCGCCUUGACGGCAUUGAAUGUUGUCGUCCGUAUGGAACCGACCAUGAAGUACCCCUUUAAUGUUCGGUCAUUCUUCACCGACCGGGAGACUAAGGAUAUCGGUUCCGGCCUUGUCUUAUGGCGUGGAUACUUCCAAUCAGUGAGGCCCGCAAUCGGACAACUGCUCGUGAACGUUGAUAUCUCGACUGGAACGAUGUAUAAGUCUGGAGCACUGAUGGAUGUCUGUCUCGAGUUUUUAGGUAGACCUGGGCAACACGCGUUGCUCAGCCCGCGAAGCGGUUUGCCCGAUCGUGAGCGAAUCCGCUUGCAACGUUUUAUUUCAGGCAUCCGAGUUAAAACAACAUACGCCGGGGAAAACAAAACCCCCCGCGUCGUCAAGAAAUUGAGCAGCGCAGGCGCUGCAGAUUUAAGUUUCACCUUGCGGGAUGGAACUAGUAGGACCGUGGCUCAGUAUUUCCAAACGAUCCUGAACCGUCCUCUGAGGUUCCCGAAUAAUCUUUGCAUUGAGGUUGGCAGUGGUGCCUUGAUCCCUGUGGAACUAUGCACGAUUCCACCAGGUCAAAUCAUGCGGAAGCAGGUUCCACCUGAGAAAACAAAGGACGUUCUGGAAUUCGCUACAAAGCGACCUGAAGCCCGCCUCGCUAGUAUUACAAACGGUCUUUCGGUCCUUCAAUAUGGUCAGUCGGAAUACGUGCGCCAGUUCGGCAUGCACGUCGAAGAUACUACUGGACCACUUACCGUAAUGGCGCGGGUCUUGCAACCGCCGAAACUGAAGUACGGCCCAGGUAGUGCACAGCCGACCAUUACACCAAGUAACGGCGCGUGGAAUAUGAUCGAUAAACGAUUCUUCAGACCUGCAGCUAUUGACAGGUGGAUCGUGGUAGUUUACGAGAGGCAGCAGCGGUUUAACCCACAGGCUGCACAAGACAUGAUCGAUGGCAUGUUGAGGAGUUUCAGAGACGUUGGUAUCCGUAUCACCGACGAUAAGCCGAUGGUAACUUGGCAAAACGGUCAAGGCCGGAUUGCGGACCAACUGCGUGCCGCUGGCACUGAGUGUUUCCAAAGGACGAAACAGCGCCCACAACUCAUCGUUGUAGUGCUUCCCGAGAACGGCAAUGACAUUUACACUGCGGUUAAACAUUUCGGGGACAUUACAGUCGGUGUUGCGACCCAAUGCCUAAAGAGUCAGAAGUGCUUCCGUGCAAAACCGCAAUAUUACGCGAACGUCUGCCUUAAGGUCAACGUUAAGCUGGGUGGUAUCAAUACUAUUCCAGAUCCUCAGUCUGUCUCUGUUCUUACCGAUCCUCGUAACCCCACCAUCGUCAUGGGUGCCGACGUGAUUCAUCCUGCGCCUGGCUCUGAUGGGCGUCCUUCAUUCACGGCACUCGUCGGCAACGUUGAUUCUGAUACCGCGAAAUACAUCGCUACAAGCCGUGUUCAAGCCUCUCGGGUUGAGAUCAUCGAAGAUCUCCAGGACAUGGCAAAGCACGUCCUGAGUAUGUACAUGAAGUAUCGCCAGUUCGCGGAGAAGAAGACGGGGAAUCUUGCCCCCACGCGUCUCAUCUUCUACAGAGAUGGUGUUUCUGAAGGUCAAUUCAAGCAAGUUCUUGAUUCUGAACUUAAGGCGAUCAAAGACGCUUGCGCGGAGUUGAAGAUCAACCCAAAGAUCACAAUCAUCGUGGUUGCGAAACGUCACCACGUUCGCUUCUUCCCAUCUGGCUCAGGGUCGAAUGAACAGGAUAAGAGCGGCAACUGCCUCGCAGGCACUGUUGUCGACCAGGUUGUUGCCCACCCCACGGAAUUCGAUUGGUAUCUGCAGAGCCACGGCGGUCUGCUCGGUACGAGUCGCCCCGCGCACUACAAUGUUCUCUACGAUGAGAACGAAUUUAGCGCCGAUGGUUUGCAAUCUCUUUCUUUCGCUUUGUGCCAUGUGUAUGCACGGUCAACUCGCUCUGUUUCAAUCCCCGCCCCUGUGUACUAUGCAGAUAUUGUCUGCUCACGCGCAAAGAAUCACUACGACCCUCAAGGGAAUGUUGAUUUCUCUGAUUCUGCGACACAGCUCGACACAGCUCAGGCUGAGGGCGCCUUGGAGGCGUACAAACGUGGAUUCAAGCCCUUACAUGCCAACAUGGCAAGUUUGAUGUACUUCUCUUGAACACUGUUGCUUUACCUACUUAAUCACCUCGAAGCAAAUAACGGAAUCUUUUCUUUUCUGUGACCGUGUAUGAUCCAGUUCUUCUAACUAGUAGUGUCUCAUGAUAACCCCACCUCUGUAAAAAAUACGUACGUUGCACGAAUACCAUUGGGACCUGUAUUGCUUGACGUAUUAU